UGCAGCUAUACGUGCCACGAGCAGUGCCAGGACCUCGUAACCCUAGACUGCAAGGCUGACCUGACCCCGGACUCGAACACAAGCCAUGAGGAGCUGUACGUGGAGAGCGCAGAGCACGAGCCGAGGAGAGGAGGACGAGGAGGAGGCGUGCGUGAGGGUGGAGGAGGUGAAGGUGGAGGUGGAGGAAGAGGAGGAAGGACAGGAGGAAAAUGAGGAGGAGGAGGAGAAGGUGCAGGAAGAGCAGGAGGAGAAGCACGAGGAAGAGCAGCAGGAGAAGGAACUGAAGGAUGAGCUUGUUCCUUUCAAGAAGUCGGAGGAAGUGUCAACCUUGCGAAAAACUGUGAGCAGUUUGCAGUCUCAUUUAGUGGACGGAACUCCCAUCUUUAUUAAACGCCGGGCCCUCGUGCGCGCAUUGAGGAGUGACAAUUGCUUCCAUUAUGACAACUGGCAGAAAACCGUAUCCCCAUUUGCAGGCGGGGGCGCGCGCUCGGACCCAACUCAGCCCGGCUAA